AUGGAUGAUGAUUCGGCUAUGAAUGUCAGUGCAACGAAGCACAGCUUCUUACCGUGGAUUUUGGAGUGGCAUGGAGGAUACAUUGUAGGAUAUAUUGAUGCGUCACCUGGAGACAUAGUGAUCGAAACCAUUAUUGGCGAUCGGCACAAUCACGACAUCUCGACACGCCUAAAUUUCAAGACUACCACUACCGUGAGGGCCCCGUACCACCCACAAGUACUCCUGAAGGCGCCAAAUUCGACUGACCCGGCUCCCGCAGCCACAUCAAGAUCAUCCCAUGGAAUGUUGGACGAGAAAGGGUCAUCCAUUCGGGUCCCGAGCCCCUCCACUCCCCUCCCCCUCGGUAUGCGCAGCCUUUCCGGCAUCCGUGGCACCCGUCAGAGCUGUUACUCAGCGUCGCGCCCGAGUGGGCAUGACACCCUCAAUUGGCUGUUCGAGUCGGGUGUCCCGGUUGAUUUGCAUCUCGAAACGGCGGCGAGGUUCACGGGCAUUCUGUAG